AUGACCCGCUGGUCCUUGCUGGCUUGGGCCUUGGUGCUACUUGUUUCCAGUACUGCCUUCUCUCUGGACUGUCACUUUCAGGGGAGGAGCAACUGGGAGAGCUUACAUUUAGAAAAUCUAGGAGGCAAAUUUCCUCUGAGAUGUCUGAAGGACAGAAGUGACUUCAUAUUCCUCCAGGUUUCGACAACUGAUCAGGUUCUGAAGGCAAGAGCUGUCCCUGCCCUCCGAGAAAUGCUACAGCAGGACUUCAACACUUUCAGCCUCAAUGUCUCCCAAUCUUCGUGGAAUGAAAGCAGUGUAGAGGGACUCCUAAGUGGACUAUAUCAGCAGACAGUGAAGACAGACGUGUGGCCGGAGCAGGAAACCGGGCAGGAGGAUCAUUCAUCCUCACAGAGGGAAGAUACCAGACUUGGAAUAAAGAAUUAUUUCCAAGGGAUCCGGGACUAUUUGCAAGACCAAAAACAUAUCAACUGUGCCUGGGAGGUCAUCCAUGUAGAGAUGGCAAAGGUGUUUUCUGUUCAUUGA